AUGUCUGCAGGCAAACGGGGAGACACUUUAUGCUUCUUUAUCAACGGGAAAAAGGUGACGGAGGACCAUGCGGAUCCCGAGACGAUGCUGCUGCCCUUCCUCCGGGAGAAGCUGAGGUUAACUGGAACCAAGUCCGGCUGUGGCGGUGGAGGCUGCGGCGCGUGCACGGUGAUGGUGUCGCGCUACCAGCCCGCGACCAAGACCUUCACACACUUCUCGGCCAACGCCUGCCUGCUGCCGCUCUGCCAGCUGCACGGUGCCGCCGUCACCACGGUGGAGGGAGUCGGCAGCACCAAGACCAGGAUCCACCCGGUUCAGGAGCGAAUCGCGAAGGCUCAUGGAUCCCAGUGUGGCUUCUGCACUCCGGGGAUGGUGAUGUCCGUGUACGCUCUGCUGAGGAACAAACCGCAACCGAGCAUGGACGACAUCACGCAGGCCCUGGCUGGGAAUCUGUGUCGCUGCACCGGAUAUCGACCGAUUGUUGACGGCUGCAGGACCUUCUGUCAGGAAGCCAACUGCUGCCAAGCUAACGGAGGCGCCAACUGUUGCCUCAACGGAAACCCUGACGAACCCGAGGACGAAAAGCCACGGCUUUUCAAGGAGGAAGAUUUUUUGCCGUUGGACCCGACGCAGGAGCUGAUCUUCCCUCCAGAGCUGAUUCUGAUGGCCGAGACGGCGAACCCGGAAACGCUCACCUUUCACGGGGAGAGGGUGAGCUGGGUGUCCCCCACCUCGCUGGAGGAGCUGGUCCAGCUGAAGAGCAAACAGCCUGCAGCUCCUCUGGUGAUGGGCAACACCAACAUAGGUCCAGACAUGAAGUUCAAAGGCGUCCUCCAUCCGCUGAUCAUCUCUCCGAGCAGAGUGAAGGAGCUGUUCGAGGUCUCGGAGACGCCACAGGGCGUCUGGGUCGGUGCCGGCUGCAGCCUGUCCGAGCUUCGCUCUCUGCUGGAGAAGCUGGUUCCUCGGUUCCCGGAGGAGAAGACGGAGCUGUUCAGAGCCCUGAACCAGCAGCUGGGCAACCUGGGAAACCAGCAGAUCCGCAAUGUUGCUUCUCUUGGAGGAAACAUCGUGAGCGCGUAUCCAAACUCGGACCUCAACCCUGUUUUGGCUGCCGGCAACUGCAAAGUCGUCGUCGUUUCCAGCGGAGGAAGACGAGAGGUUCCCCUGAAUCAAGACUUCUUCAUCGGGUUCGGAAAAACCGUCCUGAAGCCGGAAGAGAUUGUCGUCUCUGUUUUCAUCCCGUUUACCAGAAAGGGGGAGUUGGUCCGAGCUUUCCGCCAGGCGCCGAGGAAGGAGGCGUCCUUCGCCACCGUGUCGACCGGGAUGAGGGUGUUUUUCUCGGAGGGAUCCAGAGUGGUUCAGGAUGUCAGUCUGUACUACGGAGGAAUGGGUCCGACCACCGUUAGCGCCGCCAAAACCUGCGCCGCCAUCGUCGCAAAGCCUUGGGAUGACGAAACCCUCAGCAAAGCCUACGACAUCCUCCUGGACGAGCUGGUUCUCCCUCCGUCGGCUCCCGGAGGAAAAGUCGAGUUUCGUCGCUCCCUGACUCUCAGCCUCCUCUUCAAGUUCCACCUGGAGGUCCUGCAGAAGCUCAGAGAAACGAAUGUGAUCACGGAUGAGCUGCCGGAGAAGAUUUCGCCGUUACCCAGAGAGAUCCAGCCCAGCCUGCAGGAGUUCCAGGCCGUGCCGAAGGACCAGAGCGCCCAGGACCCGGUGGGCCGUCCCGUCAUGCACCGCUCCGGCGUCAGCCACGCCACCGGAGAGGCCAUCUACUGCGACGACAUCCCCAAAACCGACGGGGAGCUCUUCCUGGGACUCGUCACCAGCUCUCGAGCACACGCCAAGAUCACAGCUGUGGAUGUGAGUCGGGCCCUGCAGCUCCCCGGCGUCGUCGACGUCGUCACAGCCAAAGACAUUCCCGGGAAGAAAUUCCGCCCAAUGUUUGGUUACGAGGAGGAGCUGAUGGCGGAGACCGAGGUUUCUUGCGUCGGUCAGAUAAUCUGCGCCGUCGUCGCCGACUCGAGGGCUCACGCCAAGCGAGGAGCUGCGGCCGUGAAGAUCAGCUACGAGGACCUGCCGGAUCCCAUUUUCACCGUCGAGGACGCCAUCGAGAAGUCGUCCUACUACGAGCCUCGGCGAUGGAUCGAGCAGGGAAACGUGACGGAAGCUUUUGAAAAAGUCGAUCAGGUCUACGAAGGCGGGAUGCGGAUGGGAGGCCAGGAGCAUUUCUACAUGGAGACUCAGAGCAUGCUGGUCGUUCCUGUCGGCGAGGAGAUGGAGUUCAACGUGUACAUCUCCACUCAGUGGCCAACUGGAAUUCAGGAAGCGGUUGCAGAGACGUUGGGCAUCUCGUCCAACAGGGUCACCUGUCACGUCAAAAGAGUCGGCGGAGCUUUCGGAGGCAAGGUCACCAAAACCGGCCACCUGGCUUCCAUCACCUCUGUGGCUGCUUUGAAGACCAAUCGCGCCGUCCGCUGCGUCCUGGAGCGAGGCGACGACAUGUUGAUCACAGGAGGCCGGCAUCCCGUCCUGACAAAAUACAAGGUGGGCUUCAUGAAGGACGGCAGGAUCGUGGCGGUGGACAUCGAGUUCUACGCCAACGCCGGCAACACUGCGGACGAAUCCACUCUGGUCGCCGAGAAGAUCCUGCUUCACAUGGACAACGCCUACAACAUCCCCAACCUGCGAGGACAUGGAGCCGCCUGCAGGACCAACCUGCCCUCCAACACCGCCUUCCGGGGCUUCGGUGUGCCUCAGGGCCUCUUCUUGAUGGAGAACAUGGUCAACGACGUGGCGGCGGUGCUGGGACGCCCUGCAGACGAGAUCCGUGAGAUCAACAUGUACAAGGGCCCGUCGGUCACCCACUACAAGUGCGAGUUCAGCCCCGACAACCUGCAUCGCUGCUGGGACGAAUGCAAGCUCAAAUGCGACUACAGCUCCAGGCGCAAAGCCGUCGACCAGUUUAACCAGCAGAGCCGCUGGAAGAAGAGGGGGAUGUCCAUCAUCCCCAUCAAGUACGGCAUCGCCUUCGCAGAGGGCUUCUUAAACCAGGCUGCAGCUCUGGUCCACAUCUACAAAGACGGUUCUGUUCUGGUCACUCACGGAGGGACGGAGAUGGGUCAGGGGAUCCACACCAAGAUGCAGCAGGUUGCCAGUCGGGAGCUUCACAUCCCGACCUCGAAGAUCUACAUCAGCGAAACCAGCACCGGCACCGUCCCCAACACCUGCCCGUCCGCCGCUUCGUACGGCACCGACGCCAACGGCAUGGCGGUCAAGAACGCCUGUGAGAUUCUGUACCAGCGGCUGGAGCCAAUGAGGAAGAAAGACCCCAAAGGAUGCUGGGAGAGCUGGGUCAGAGCGGCGUUCUUCGAGAAGAUCAGUUUGUCGUCGACUGGAUAUUACAGGGGUCCAGAUCUCUACAUGGACUGGGAGAAGAAGGAGGGUCGGCCCUACGCCUACUUCACGUACGGGGUUUCCUGCAGCGAGGUGGAGCUCGACUGUCUGACGGGAGACUACAGGACGUUGAGGACGGACAUCAUGCUGGACAUCGGCAGGAGCGUCAACCCGUCUGUGGACAUCGGACAGAUCGAAGGCGCCUUCAUGCAGGGUUUGGGUCUCUACACUCUGGAGGAGCUCAAGUUUUCCCCCUCUGGCCUUCUGUACACCCGAGGUCCGUCUCAGUACAAGAUCCCGGCGGUCUGCGACGUCCCGCUUCAGUUCAACGUCUACCUGCUGCCGGACACCGACAACCCUCACGCCAUCUACUCCUCCAAGGGUAUCGGAGAACCCGCCGUCUUCCUGGGCAGUUCGGUGUUCUUCGCCAUCAAGGACGCCGUGGCCGCAGCUCGCUCCGACUCCGGUCUGGUCGGCCCGUUUGGUUUGGACAGUCCUGCGACGCCGGAGAGAGCCUGUCUGGCCUGCAGCUCCACGUUCACGCAGAAGAUUGCGACCAGCGAGCCGGGAUCUUUCAAACCGUGGGCCUUAAACCUCUGAAAGUCAAACUGAAGCCAAACCGCUUCACUAACCAACACAGUUAUCUGACUAAUAGUGCUAACGUCUCCACAUGCAAAUGAUCAACAAACAUGAAACUCGUGACUGAAAUCGUCCUGCUCGCUGAUCCUUAACCGCCUAAAAUGUGAACUCGAUGCUUUGUGACCGCUUGAUUUGACAGUUUCUCUGUAGCAAAAUAAAUAAGUGAACAAACGCAGAACACAUGAAAUAAAGGCAGCGCUUCAUCUUUAUUCACCCAGUGGCAGGAAAAACACUGGCAGCAGAAGCUGAAGUCGAAUGUUUGCUGAACUAACGCACAUCUGUCUUCUUGUGGACCGAGGCUGAUCAAACGUCGAUGCACCACGCGGCUGCAGCGUCGCCGGUCGGAGAUGAAACCUGCAGGAAGAAGAAGAAGAAGAAGAAGAAGAGCAGUUAAUGAGGUGUUUGACAGGAGGAGGUUAGAAAAUGCAAGUAAGGAGACAGUUCUGGGUGAAACAUGCGGCAUUAACGAUGUGUUUAAGGUUGUUUCAGAGUGAAAAUGGACAAACUGCAAAAAAAAAGAAAAGGCUUCAUUUGUUCUCUUGGUGGUUUAAUCUAUAAAUUGUUGAAAAAUAGUUUAAAAACUAGCAUUUUUGUUAGCGUAGAAUGAUGUUAAAGCUUAAGAUGCUCAUUUUAAUGUCACAUAUUGCAAAUAAAAGUUUUAAAUCGUCACAUGUAA